CGCUCCUGUCCACGGAGCAUUUCCACUCCAACUCGGCGCGCAGGGGGGACGCCUCCUGCUGUGGGAAGUUGAGUCAACGGGACCGGGGGGACGCGCCGCUCGGAUCCAUGAGGCGCCUCCACUCUCGGCGGACUUUCUUCACUCGUUUUCCGCAGCGACACAUGCUUUUUUGGUCGGCUUCUUUGAGAAAUGCCCCAGUAGACAUUUAACAGCUGUCUUUCCAACUAUUACGCGCGGUUUUUACGCACCUGCGGAUCUGCUGCAGUGGAGUUGUGAGGCAGCGGCCGCGGUGCUGCAGAGGAGCUGAGAUCAUGAUCAGGCUGGAGACCAUCAUCUGCACUUUCUCUGUGCUGUCAGUUGCGGCAAGAGCAGACUUUAGGGCAAGGAACUGCAGCCAAGUGGCAGAGGCUUGCAUGGGGAGAGGCUUCAGUUUCACUAAUGUUCCUCAGCAGGAGAUCCCAGGACCUCAUCUGCGUGUGUGUCCUCAGGGGAACACAUGCUGCACCCAGGAAAUGGAGGACAAAUUUGGCCAACAGAGCAAAGUGGAUUUUGAUAAUUUGCUUGAAGACACAACUGAAACAUUGAGGACCACGUUUGUCUCCAGACAUGAAAAAUUUGAUGAAUUCUUCCUGGAGCUGCUAGAGAACACGGAGAGAUCGCUCAAUGAGAUGUUCUUGAGGACUUACGGCAAGCCUUACAUGCAGAACGCCGAGGUUUUCGUCAACCUGUUUGCUGAGCUGAAGCGCUAUUACACAGGAGGGAACGUUAACCUGGAGGAGAUGCUUAAUGACUUUUGGUCGCAGCUUCUGGAGCGCAUGUUCAUGCUGCUGAACUCCCAGUAUGUCAUCACAGAGGACUAUCUGGAGUGUAUCAUCAAGUACGCCGAUCAGCUGAAGCCCUUUGGAGAUGUGCCCAAGAAACUCAAGGUUCAGGUUACCCGAGCUUUCAUCGCUGCACGCACAUUUGUCCAGGGGCUCUAUGUUGGCCGGGAGGUAGCGAAGAGAGUAUCAAAGGUAAAUGGAACUCCAGCUUGUCUCCGGGCUCUGACGAAAAUGCUGUACUGCCCGUUCUGUCAGGGGAUGCCAGCAGUCAAACCCUGCAAGAACUACUGCCUUAAUGUGAUGAAGGGCUGCCUGGCCAAUCAAGCGGAUCUGAAUCCAGAGUGGAACCAAUACAUUGAUGCCAUGCUGCUGGUGGCGCAGAGGCUGGAAGGGCCUUUCAACAUCGAAUCUGUCAUGGGCCCCAUUGAUGUCAAGAUUUCAGAGGCCAUCAUGAUCAUGCAAGAAAACAGUGCGGAAGUUUCCUUCAGAGUUUUUCAAGGCUGCGGCCAGCCCAAACCCGCAGGAAGCACAAGGUCUGCCCGUGGGGUUUCGAAUGUGUACAGCCCUCGUUUCAGACCCUACAGCCCAGAGGAGCGGCCGACCACUGCAGCUGGCACCAGCUUAGACAGACUGAGGAUUGUGUGGAGAACGAUGCAACACAGUGUGAUCGACAUUAAAGAGAAGCUGAAGCUGUUCAAGAACUUUUGGUCCAACCUGCCUGAGGCGAUAUGUGUGGAGGACAAAGUGACUGCUGGGAAUGUGAGCGAGGAUGAGUGCUGGAAUGGACACACCAAGAGCAGGUACUUUCCUGAAGUGCUAAAAGACGGCCUGACCAGCCAGGUGAACAACCCUGAGGUGGACGUGGACAUCACCCGUCCGGACACCAUCAUCCGUCAACACAUCAUGGCUCUGCGGGUUGUGACCAACAAGUUAAAAAACGCUUACAAUGGAAAUGAUAUAACCUUUCAGUAA